AUGAAUUACUGUCUUCGACAUCAGUGCAAUAACGGUUACGCAGUGUUAGAUGUAAUUAAAUUUCGAUACGAUAACUUUGGAUCAUACAGGUAAUGAACCAUGGAGUUUUAAUUGUCAUAAAUGUGAAUCAUGAUUCGAUUUAAAUAUUACACAUACAUGAUCAGAAUAACAUUUAUUUCCCAUGCAUGUGUAUGUACAAUAAUAAGUAACAAAACUAUGUGUAGUUUGAAGGUGUUGGGCUAGAGACCUACUGGAAACCUUUUCAGGCUUUUUAAUGAAUUAUACAUUAUAACAUUAUAACUGUUUAGACGUUAGAUAAUUGUUAUUGGCUAAAGUUGUAAUUUUCUUCAGCUAUAGCGCUGUUUCUUCAUUCUCUGGAAUGAAUCAUAAUUCCACAGCUUUUGUUGGGUGUGAUCAUGGCAAGGUAGUUAUCUGCUAUAUGACAUAUUGAAGAUAUUUUUUUAAUGUUCUAUAUCAAUGUUCAAAGAACGUUCACAUUCAUUCGAUCAUGAUCAAUGUAUAGUGUUAAAUUAAUAAAUCCGUUUGCAAUAUAUCCACCUAUAUUGAAUUUCUCCACAUUUUGUAGUGUUGUGCAUGUUUUGGACCUAAAGGUGGAAGGCAAAACUACUGUGGUCCUAAAUGUACUGCAAUUAACGGUGGAACUGUAAUGAAAAGCGCUUUCGUUUGGUUUUGGGUGCGGACCAGAACGCCUAAACGUCUGUGGAAAAGAUGUAUGGAGUUUGUGAUGAAAAACUCCGCAGGCAAACUUGAAAAACAUUUCAUUGAUCCACAAAUAGGCACUGCACAAAAGGUGAGGAUAUUAUGGAAAGUUAAGAUGACACUAUUGGGUUAAUGGCGACAUACACAGUACCACCACUCACCAGAAGCAACAACAAUAACGAAAACGACAACUACAAUGACGUACAACAACAACAACAACAACAACAACAACAACAACAACAACAACCAACAACAACAACAACAACAACAACAACAACAACAACACCAACAACACCAACAACACCAACAACGCCAACAACGCCAACAACGCCAACAACACCAACAACACCAACAACACCAACAACACCAACAACAACAACAACAACAAUAACAACAAUAACAACACCAACAACACCAAUAACAACACCAACAACAACAAUAACAACACCAACAACAACACCAACAACACCAACAACACCAACAAACACCAACAAACACCAACAAACACCAACAAACACCAACAAACACCAACAACAACAACAACAACAACAACAACAACAACAACAACAACAACAACAACAACACCAACAACACCAACAACAACAACAACAACAACAACAACAACAACAACAACAACAACAACAACAACAACACCAACAACACCAACAACAACAACAACAACAACAACAACAAUAACAACAAUAACAACACCAACAACACCAAUAACAACACCAAUAACAACACCAACAACAACAAUAACAACACCAACAACAACAACAACACCAACACCAACAACACCAACAACACCAACAAACAACAACAACAACAACAACAAACAACAACAACAACACCAACACCAACAACACCAACAACAACACCAACAAACAACAACACCAACAAACAACAACACCAACAACAACACCAACAACACCACCAACAACACCAACAACAACAAACAACAACAAACAACAACAAACAACAACAAACAACAACAAACAACAAACAACAAACAACAAACAACAAACAACAACAAACAACAAACAACCAACCAACAACAACAACAACAACAACAACAACAACAACAACAACAACAACAACAAACAACAACAACAACAACAACAAUAACAACACCAACAACACCAACAACAACACCAACAACAACAACAACAACAAUUUAACCAGCAGUUUGGUUUGUUUUCAGGGUUCCUGCUCAGGAAAACUUAGAUCAUUUUUAAACGAAGGUGUAAGUAGAAUAUUUCAAGAAAAGAUUUGUAUUACCGGCAGCAGUUAUUCUGAACUUCUAAUCCUUUUUCUCUGACAAUACGUCCAACCCCUGCUCAAGCAUCGGAUAUUUCUUAAUUCAUCUGAUCUUAUAGAGGACUUAAUUCUAGACAAUGACAGUAUCUCAUCGGAUAUUUCUUUAUUGUAGACAUUGACAGUAUCAGACAAGGAAAGUUUUGACAAGAUUCCAGAUGUUCCAGGUCUUCUCUCAUAUCGUAAAGACGAUAAACAACUUUAUGUCAAUCAAGGAUCAAAGUGGCAAGCAUUAAGUACUGAACAAGAGGUUAGUUUAAAUAUGAGGAAAUAGCACGUCGCACUGGUUGAACUACAUCAUUAUAACUGAAAUUAAUGAGUAACUUUAGGAUAUACCAUUAAGACAUCAACACAAUUACUCCUACUCGAAUUCAAUAUGGCGGAUUUACUGGCGAAUGAAUGAAAACGUCAUGAUUCGUAAUUGAGUAGGCAUUCGAUAUUUAGUAUAGAGAAUAUAAGCACGUAGUCAAAAUUACAUCUUAUUUAAGCUUCAGCAAUUAAAGAAACAAAUUCAAAGUCAAGAAACCAAAAUUCAAAAUCAAGAAAAAAAAAUUCAAGCUCAAGAAAAGAAAAUUCAAGCUCAAGAAAACAAAGCCAUCAUUCAAGAAAAGAAAAUUCAAAAUCAAGUAAACAAAACCAACAUUCAAGAAAAGAAAACUCAAAGCCAAGAAACCAAAAUUCAAAAUCAAGAAAAGAAAAUUCAGAGUCAAGAAAUGAAAAUUCAAGCUCAAGAAAACAAAGCCAUCAUUCAAGAAAAGAAAAUUCAAAAUCAAGAAAAUAUGACUCAAAAGCUGGAAAAAGGUAACAAAAUAAAAAUGAUUAAGGUUAUAGCAAAUCCUUUUACUUACCGAAAACUAUUAAUUACAUUUUCGGUAAGUUAAAAAUGAAUCUCUAGUAUGCAACAACAAGUUUUAAAAUAAUUAAAAUUAAAUGAGUUACUAAUGGUAACGUUUUUCAAAUUUUAUAAUCAGAGGGUAGAAAGUUCGUUAUUAAUGACAGCUGAAGGACAGUUUAUUAAGUCAAAGUGAUUUAAUUAAAGUAUCAAAUUUAGCUUCAUCGCCUACUUUGUGUGCCAACACGCAUAUGAUACAGUUAAACCAGAAAACACUAUCUGAAGUUGAUAGUUAUAUUUACUUCUGUGUUUUGCUUAGACAAGCUGAUAAAGAUCUGGAAAAGUUCAGUAGACUCUCGCCAAACCCAACAUCCAAAUUCCUAGCUAGUAGAUGAGUAAUGAUAAGCAAUUGAUAAAUGCGAGAAUUAAACGGUGUUAUUAGAGGGUCUAGCUAGAUGGCUGAAAAUCAGUAAACGGUAAAAAAAUUCGUAUUUUAACGGGAAAAAUUUUGGUAUUUUCACGGUAAACAGUAUUUUUUUCCUCACGCUUCAGGGUAAAAUUUUUAGUGUUUUCACGACUCACUUGCGUUUUUGCUUGUAUAAAUAUCAGGAUGUAUAAAAUCAUAUAUCAGCGCGCUAUUAUACGUGAAUCACUCGGCGUAUGAACAAUUGGUUUUCAUAUUCGGAAAGAUCAGGCUUUUAGCUAUUGAAUGACAUGCUUUUCAUACCAAGUGGAGAAAAAAUAAGCAUGUACUAGGUCGAUCAAAAAUGUUAGUCAAAAUCGCAUAUUUACGAACGUGUCGUAGCUUAGCUAAGAUUUAUUCCUACUUAAUAAUAAUUAUGAAUAUGUGCGUCGUUUAUUUAAGUGAAAUUCAUCAAAGUACCAUUAAAGAGGGUUCAUUUUCAAUGGUUUUACACCCAACUCUCAACGGUGAAAAUAUGCGAUUCUGACUAACUUUUUUUAUCGGAUUCGUAUUUGCUCAUUUUUUAUCCAUUUGGCAUGAAGAAGAUAUCAUUCAAUAGCUAAAAGCAUGAUCUUUCCAAAUGUGAAAAAAUCUCGUUCAUACGCGUGGUAAUUCAGAUACAAUAGCGCGCUGAAGUUCGAUUACGUUUUUUUUUAUACAUUUUAUAGUAAAUUAACUCCACAAAGACAAUCCCCGAAUUUUCUGGCUGGCAAUGAAAACUACAUGCUUGUUCACAAUGGAUAACAUUGCCCGCCUCGAUUUGAAGCUAUUGUUUCGUGCGUACUCCGGCAAAUUCGGGAAGUGUCAAUGGACAACUUGCAUGUUGGACUAAAUUUUAAUCUAAGCAAAGAGAAGGGAAUCAAACACAACAGUUAAAAAGAACUUAUUAAAAUCAGUAAAAUUGCAAAAUUUGGUUGCAAAAUGUUGUAAAAUACAGAAAAUAUAGGCUUGCGAAGUUUGCAUAUUUUCAGUAUAUUUGUAUUACGUGCGGAAAUUGUUACCAUUUUCAGCUCAAAAAUGGUAACAAUUUCCGCACGUAAUACAAAUACACUCAAAAUAUGCAAAAAUUAGUGUAACAUGCAAGUUGUCUAUUGAUAUCCACAUCUACCCUUAUGUACCCUGAAUAGUAUUAAGCAGGCACGGAUUUUCGGGGGGGGCUCCCCAGAAAUUUGUUGUACUUCCAGAGGCAUCUGGCAACGCCCAAAAAAGUUUUUGCAUCCGCGCAAAUUAUAUUAUUACCAUCCUUUUACUUAAAACGAAUUGUAAAAAUAUACACCUGUAACUAGGGAUCCAAGGAUAGUUCAAAUUUUGAAGAUAUAGCUUAGAAACUGCUGGAAUGGGAAUUGAAGACGAAAUAAAAUGACAACCUUUGCCCGAAUACCAAACACUCUUGUCUAUAAAUAGGAAAUUGCUCAAAGUUGCUAAGUUUGUUUACAUGUCAAUUUUUAUCGGGCAAAACAUAAAAAUAUCGUUCAAAAUUUUGUCCGUAAACAAAUAUGUCUGAGUUCGUAAAACCUGAUAAAACAUAACUAAAAACAAAAGAUAAUUAUCAUAUGCACAAUACUUCAUAACACUUUUAUGUACGAUUUAAUAAACGAGCAGGAGUGUUUUAUUAGAUCUAAUAAAACACGACCUGCGAGUUUAUUUAACGGCUUCCUACUAGCUUCAAACACGACUACAAAUUCAAUAGAUAUACUGCUUUAUUAGUAUUCUUUAUAUAAAGAAUAUUAAUGAGGACACGACUACAAUAGAUAAUUAUUAAUGAGUGUUUGAAGUCGUAUUCAACUACAAUCUACUUUCAAAAAACUAUUUUGACUGCAGACCAUUCAGAUAUAAAAUAGCUUAUAGCGAUGCCCAUAGUAGUGUGAUUUUGGGGUAUAAAAUUAUAGUUUUGAUUAUAGUGCAUGUUUAUUGUGUAUUACUGGACAUAUUUUCAACUUUAAAAAGUACUAUUCAUCCGUUGUGCACUAUAUAGUCUGUUGGAUUUGGACUAUUUGAAACUCAUUGGACUUCAUGGGUUCAUGUUAGCACUGUUGGGCGUAGUUUUUAAGAUGUUUUGCAACAUUUUUUGUAAAUAAUGCAAGCCACAAAAAUGACAAAAUAAUACACUCUAUGGAUUAAAUUUAAACAGUAGAUCCACAGUAGUAACAAUUUUGAUUUGAUAUUUUCAUAUUUGAUAUUUUGAAUAUUCUUACUACUAAAUUAGUGAAAUUACUAAUAUUAUGAUCUCGGAUCGAUGCAGGCCUAGAAAAGACAAGUUUUGUUGAACAUUUCCCUUGGCCUUUCAAGGCGUUGCCACCAGGCCUAGACAAAAGCAAGCAGCAGCACUCCCCAGAUAUUUAUCUACCCCCCCGAACGAAAAUAUGAAAAUCCGUCUCUGGUACAAGGCGUGUGCACGUGUCGCGACUUAUUUUUGAGUUUAACAGCUUUUGAAACAAACGAAAAAUUAUUAUGUUUUACAGAUAUUGUGAAACUUAUUAUUGACUGGAUAAAUCCGCCAACGUCUUGUUCAGCUUUGUUAAUAAAACAUCCUUCAACACGCAGUGGAAUGUAUUACAUUAAUCCCCAAGGACUCAUUUCAUCGUCAAUGGUUCACGUAUACUGUGAUAUGACGUCAAAGAAUGGUGUUGGUGUAACGGUGAUUGGACAUGACAGUGGAUCAAGAACACUUGUGAAUGGAUCUGAUGGUGCAGGUUCUUACAAACGAAAAGUUAACUAUGACAUUUCGAUGGAACGGAUCGUUGUCAUUGUGAAGCAGUCCAAGAAUUGUGAGCAGUUCAUAAAAUAUGAAUGUUAUGAUAGCGCAUUUAGGUUCGGUUCUGUAGGUGCAUAUCAAAGCUGGUGGGUAUCACGCCAAGGUUCACAGAUGAAGUACUGGGGCGGAGCGGCAGUCAACAGUGGAAACUGUGCAUGUGGAAUGACCAACAGCUGUGCAGGUGGAGGAAAAUGUAAUUGUGACAAGAAUGACCUGAGAUGGCGUGAAGACAGUGGAUAUCUGACUGACAAGAACACACUGCCUGUUACUGAGCUGAGAUUUGGAGAUACUGGUGACCCUAGUAGGAAAGAGGAAGGAUACCACACACUGGGAAAAUUGCAAUGUUGGGGUUAGGAUAGAAGAGCGGGUUUUGAAGGAUAAUAUAUAAACUGAAACGUUAUUACUUAGCAACACAUACGAUAAGUAAUUUAAAAUACUCAUUAAUAUAAAUUCAUAAACCUUGUGGCAAAUCAUGUCAGUCAUAAUAUGUCACGUGGAGUGACUUUAUAUCUGAUAAAACACAUGUGGCAUUGUUUUAUAGUUAGUGUCAAAGUUAAAUUUUUCUGCUUGCCGAUUGGUCAAAACCGUGUCACGUGCCGGUCCACAAAACGUCAUGUUCGGCAACCGGUCCGCAAUCAAACAUUUAUUGACCGGUCAAUAAUAAAAUGGGUGCAAUACGCAUGUGUGUCAACCAUGAAGUUCCAAAGUUCAUUUUUUUAAACUUUUUACUAAACAUUUACGGCGUUCCAUUUAUCCAGUUUUGGUUUCAAAUUAAGUUCACUCAAUAACCGGUGAAUUAUUCAUACUUUGACACUUAUAUACUAUAUAACAAAACACUUAUUUACUGAGACCUCGGGAAAGCAGUGUGUUUUGUGGCCCCUCGACCGCCGUUGUUGCCUUCGGCUUCGCCUCGGGCAACAACGGCGGUCUCGCUUCCACAAAACACACUGUUUCCCUCGGUCUCAGUAAAUAAGUGAUAAUUAUAAUAUUGUGUUCAUCCUAAUUAGCAUGAUUAUAUAGCAUGAUUAUAUAAUUGUUCAUCCUAAUUAGUAUUCUUUUGUAGUCGUAUUUUAAGCUAUUCAAAACACUCGUUGUCGUGUUUUACCAGAUAUAAAACGCUCGGCUACGCCUAGCGUUUUAUAUCUGAUAGAACACUCCUACUCGUGUUUUAAAUAGUUACUUAAAAUACUCAUUAAUAAUUCAUAAACCUCAUGUCAGCCAUAAUAUGUCACGUGGAGUGACUUUAUAUCUGAUAAAGCAUGAGGCAUUAUAUAAUUGUUCAUCCUCAUUAGUAUGAUUAUAUAAUGGUUCAUCCUAAUUAGUAUUCUUUUGUAGUCGUAUUUUAAGCUAUUCAAAACUCUCUCAUUUUAAGCUAUUCAAAACUCGUGUUUUAAAUAGUACAUAUAUAACUAAUUACACAAAUUAAGGUAGCCCCUGGUUAUUUAUCCACCUAGCAUGGUCUGGUUAAAUUAAGUAGGAAAUCCUGGUCUAAUUAACCAGAUUAUAGUAAGAUAAAGUUAAAAUAAUCAGAAAAUUUCACCAGGAAUAUUAAAUUAACCCAAAUAGAGUUAUUUCUAGGUUAACUAGUGUCUUUAGAUUGUAUCUUUAUAGUAGAAAACCUUGUCUUGAUCAACCAUUUCACUGUAGAAGACAUGAUGUCAUUGAGUCAUUCCAGAAAACAUCUAUACCUCCCCAGAGGAAAUUCGAAGUUACAGUAAACAUCCAACCCCCUUUGAUUGGAUGUUAUAAUACACUUACUAUUAUCAUCUCGAAAUUUCCUCCAUGGGAGGAGUGUGGAUCUUUUCUGGAACAACCCAUUAGAUGAAGUCUCCCACCUUAUUCGAUGCUAUAAAGAAACACUCUUCUUUUUAUCAAUUUCUGUCAAUUCUGUCCAAUUUCUAGAUCUGUGUCUUUGUCCUGACAGGUAGGAUUUUUUCAUUACGUAUAAAGUAUACAACUCUUGUUUGUGUUUUCGACGAAUUCUCAAACAAAGACAGUUGAGUUUACUUGAAAACUGUCUAAUUUCACGAUUUGUGUCUUCGCGUAGGUUUUUCAUUGCCUGACAUGUGUGCGAUUCCACUAUUUCAAAAAAUAAAGAGAAUCAAAAUAAGAAAAUGGAAAACAAGGAAGGUGUUGGCAGUACAGUAGUUAGAGCAUGUGACUUCCAUCUCCAUUUAACCCAAGAAGUAGCAAGCCGAUUCGAUUUAGAACAAUAUUGUUCUACAGGUGUAUGUAUCACAGAAUACGUCCACGGUACCACAGAAUACCAGCCUUAUUUAUUUCUUAUAUAAAAUUUGAAGGAAAUAUGCUAUAAACUUUACUUUUGUGAUUAAAUAUUAGUUAUUGUCUUAAUUGACAUAUAAAAACAAAAAAUGUAUAUUUUCUUAAAAAUUCUUGAAAAUAAUCAGGAUUAACAAGAAGUAACAUUCUAUAUUUUUGGUACUUUUUUUCGUAUAAUGCCUGUAAAAUCCGAAAGUUUAAAAAUAAGUUCGCAAACCAGCAAAAUUUAUGUUGAUCAAUACCUUUUCUAUGCAACACAACAUUAUUACUACACUGCAAUCACACAGUGUAAUCAAUUUUACCAUUGAAAAACUGAAUUUUUCAAAAUUAUUGAUAAACCUGAUAUUCUUUCAUUGGUUAUACCACUGGUAUUCUUUACUGAUUUUAGUGUUUAACUUUCACUAAAUUAAGUUAGCAAUAUCCCACAGUAUUACCAUACAACAUGACACACCAAAUCCUGGUACAACUUGAUAAACCGUUGCUUACUUACCUCUGCACUGGUAUUCUGUGGUACAUUGGAUUUUUUCCCCACAGAAUAUUCAUUUUAAAAAAAUAAUUAAGUCUAUGAAAUCUUGCCCCAAAACCCCCAGGAAGAAAAAAUAUAUUGUUAGACUAUACUAAAAAAUAUUAAGGAACCAUAUGAUAUACAUUAGACAAAAGAUAUGGAACAUGUAAAUUUUUGUGGUAUUCUGUGGUACAUAAACCUGUAUUACAUUCAAAUUUUAAACACGACAGGAAACCAAGCUCUUUUUUAACCGUAUAAAAUGCUUGAAAACUGUAAAACUACGGAUAUGGAUUCUACAAUUAAUGAAAGACAAAGUUUAAUGCGAGUUAUACCACUCAACAAAGAAUUUAUGAAAGCUUGAAAAAUCACUAUCCGAUGGAUACUGGGAAAGAUAAAAAAGAAAACGCGAUAUUCAAGAGAAACUAUAAUAAAUACCUGCCGUCUGCCGAAGACGGUUUUGAUUUGUUUCAUGACCUCCUUGGAGUUGUCAGUCUUUUUCUGACAAGAAUUUCAUCAAUUCCUCUUUGUUUAAAGAACCGAAUCUACCACAAGGCCGCACAAACCAUUUUGUCUUGGCUUUCCAAAAUUUCGCGCGCUUUUUUACAAGCUUCCGACCGCGCUGGGGCUUGGGCUCUAAAAAGUGCGUAAUCUUUUAUUGAAACAACUUACUGUAUUGGCCAAAAAAAGAUUAUUACAUGUUGACAUGUUAGCAGCGAAAAUAACGUGGCGGCUGCCGGAUAUUGAGGAUUAUCAGGAGAUUGUUGAUCGAAGGAGAAUAAAGUUGGAAUUAUGGUGGGGUGGCAUCGAAGAUGUUUUUCUUGGUGAAAUGUUUGCUGAUCCGACCAUUAAAUAUCAAUUAAAACAAAUACCAACCCCUGGCGAAGUGGCACUCACUUUCAAUAUCAUUUCUGUAAUUUUAUGACACGAGUUUGAUAACUGCUUGUGCAAUUUUCUGCCCUUUUCUCUUCGGUGCCACCCUCCGCCAUAAGUAAUGACCGGUCAUUUCACGCUACGAUUUGCCUUGUACGAUUCGUAUUCUAACAAGCUGCCCCCCCCCCCGCCGGAGUUUUCGUGCCGGACAAUGGCUUUAAUAGCGUCCGUUCUUAAUGAAAAAGCUGCCUUUUUAUCAGUACAUUGCUUCUCACACCGCUGUAAAUGAAGUUAGUUUGGUUUCGUUUCCACCAGUACUCAGUAGUAACCCUGGAGCACUAAGGGAUGACUCUUACUAGAUCUCUAAGGAGAACAGUUUAGAACGGUAGACUUAUCGCUCGUAGUAACACAACACCAAGACUCUAACUGAACCUCUAUGAGAGGACAGUUUAGAACCGAUAGAGCUAUCCAAUCAGUAUACAGGGUGUAUCAAAAAACUGAACACAUUUGAAAUUGCUCUCAAUUUCGCAAAACAGCUAUUAGUAUUCCGAUUUUUAUGUAUAUAGCUUCCUUGG